CAACGAAGUCGUUGUGCAGUAGCAGCUGGAUAUGGCGGCGCUGCUCAGAGGGCUACGUGCUGGGAGGGUCCUACGGGCUCUUGGCAGCGGAAUGGUCACGCCCCAGUGCAGCCGCGUGCAGCGCGGCUUCCGUCAGGCUGCCCGACUGAGGUUGCAGGACGAGUCCAAAUCAGACCAACUAACCACCGCUGCAUCUUCCUCAUCCUCCUCCUCUUCCUCACCCUCUGUGGCUCACCAGGCUCAGUCAUCAGAGCAGGAAACAGCAUCCGCACAGAAAACGUCGGCACCUGAACAAACCAUGCCUGAAUCUGUGUCUGCACCGACACCUGAGGUGGAGGCAACUGCCCCCACACCUGAGGUGGAGGCUUCUGUUUCUGCACCUGUGCAAGGCGUGCCGGAAUCAGCUCCUAGUCCUGCGUCUACACCUGCGCAGGAGUUAUCUGAGUCUGCAUCUGGUCUGGAGGCAUCUGCGCAUACGCCCGAGUCAGAGGCAUCUGGGCAGGAAGUGUCCGAGUCUGCACCUGAGGAAGAGGGAUCUUCAUCUGAGGAUGAGGCGUCUGCCUCUGAGAAAGAGGCGUCUGCUCAAGCUGCACCUGAGGAAGAGGCGUCUGCGCAGGCAGCGUCUCCGCCCGAGCUGGAAACAUCUGCGCAGGCAGCGUCUGCGCCUGCGCCUGAGCUGGAAGCACCUGCGCAGGCGGAGUCUGCGUCUGAGCAGGAGGCUCCGGAGCCCGACCCCAGCGGCGCAGACGAGGGCGGGGAGGAGGAGGAGGGCGACGGCUACGAGACGGAGGAGGAGCUCCGGGCGCGAAUCCUCGCCACGGCGCUGGACUUCGUCCCGCAGCACGGCUGGUCGGCCGAGGCCAUCGCCGCCGCGGCGCAGGCCGUGGGUCUGUCUUCGGCGGCUUCCGGAAUGUUCACCAACGGGGCGGGAGACUUGGUGCUGCACUUCAUCUCCGACGGCAACGCCCAGCUGGCCAAGAUGCUGGCCGAACAUCACAACCAGGUCCAGCUGGGCCAGGCGGAACCGAAGGAAACGGCGGAGUUCCUGCGAUACGCCGUCGAGGCCCGCCUGAGGAUGCUCAUCCCCCACAUCGACACCUGGCCGCAGGCCAUGAGCAUCCUGCUGCUUCCUCAUAACAUCCCCGACAGCCUGAAGCACCUCUCCACCCUGAUAGACGACAUCUGGUACUACGCUGGGGACCGCUCCACAGACAUGAACUGGUACACGCGCCGCGCGGCUCUGACCGGGGUCUACAACACCACCGAGCUGGUGAUGCUGCAGGACUCCUCCCCCGACUUCCAGGACACCUGGGUCUUCCUCGACAAACGCAUCCAGGACAUCGUCAACAUGGCCAACACGGCCAAGCAGGUGCAGGCCACCGGUGAAGCAGUGGUGCAGGGAAUCAUGGGAGCUGCAGUCACGCUGUCGAACCUCGCAGGCAUGAACCAGCGGAGAUGAAGGCUCGUCACUCGAGCGAUCCUGUGCUCACAAAAGCAGCUGACACGCCUGUAGGGGAUGAGAUGCUGUUCCAGUGGCAUGUGGCUGUUUCACCCAGGCAAGGCGAUGUCUCUUUCACAGGCGACAGUGCCGAACGUACAGCCCCUCUCUGAUCUCCAGACUGAGUCAAGAGACCAUGCGGUUCCAGAACCAGAACCAGAACCAGAACACCUCCACUUCUUCCUUAACGCAAACGGCGAGAACAAGAGCAAGCACUGUGCUUGCAACUUUUUUGUGUGGCAGUUUUUUUGCCUUUCUCUAUAAAAAGCAUGGCAAUAAAGAAUACUAUAUAUCCUCA